UAUUUUCACACUGCAACGACUAUUGUGGAGCAGCUGAGAAGGCGAGAGAGAGAGAGAGAGCAUGGCAGCAAGGGCAGCAAUUCUCCGGCAGCUGCGCGUGCCAAUCAGUGCCGUCCAUCGGCCGGAAUGGCGCCUCUCUGUCGUACGAUGGUCACACUCCGACGAUCACCUGGACAAGCGGGAGGUCAUCGAUCGCGUGUUGGACGUCGUCAAGUCCUUCCCCAAACUCGACCCGUCGAAGGUGACUCCGACGUCUCAUUUCCAGAAGGACUUGGGGCUGGACAGCCUGGACAACGUUGAGAUCGUGCUGGCAUUAGAAGAGGAAUUCAAGCUCGAGAUCCCCGAUAAGGAGGCCGAUAAGAUUGAUUCAUGCGAGCUCGCGAUUGAAUACGUUGCCAGCCACCCCAUGUCCAGUUGACGGGAUCCCUCCCCUUGGUUCUCCCUUUAUUUCCUUGCUCAUUUUCUUUUAUUUUUCUAAGGGGUUUGGUGUUCGACAUGGAACUUUUCGUGAAUUUGCACCAUUCGUUGAAUGGAGAUGCUGAAUUGGGAUAGUUCGAGUUCGAAAAAGAUUCAGAAUAAGAUGACAUUUCUGUUUUGUAA